GCAGUUUUGACGCCACGGGAAUCGCUGCGAGCAACGACCUUCAUCAUGCACAGGCGAGCUGCGUUGGAGCUUUCUCGCCGUCAAGGUGUCGAUUGGUCCUGCGCAACUGCCCGCAGAAAUGCGGCUUUCGCCCCAGUGUUGAAUCCUGUGCCCCGGAGGGGUUUUCGAGCCUUUCCCGCAUGUGCUGACUCCUCAGACUCUCCAAAUGGCUCCGAAAAGCCCCGGAAAUUUGCCUCCCGUUGGGGAAGCAAGGCCACGCGAUCGGUAGGCCUGAGCCCGGCCGAGCAGGCAAUACGAGAUGCUAUGGUGGCGAAACAGCAGGAGAAAUUACGGGAAGAGCAAGCACGCCAGGAUGCCUUGCUGGCAGAAGAGAGAGCGAAGCAGGAGCGGAAGGAUGCUCUAAUAGCAAGGCAGAAGGCGAAGGAAACAGAAGACCAGGCCCGGCAAAAUGCUUUCAUAGCCAGACAGAAGGCCAAGCAACAGGAAGAAGAAGCACGCCGAGAAGCGAAGAGACGGGAAGAGCAAGCCCAGCAAGAGGCUUUAAUAGCACGACAGAAGGCGAAGGAAGAGGAAGAUCGGGCCCGGCGAGAUGCUUCAAUAGCACAACAGAGGGCGAAGGAAGAGGAAGAUCGGGCCCGGCGAGAUGCUUCAAUAGCACAACAGAGGGCGAAGGAAGAGGAAGAGCAAGCACAGCGAGACUCUCUGCUGGCGGCACAACAGGCGAAUCAACAGGCGCAGCAGGCCAGUCAAAGCAUCAAUUCCCUGGAAAAUCCAAACAACCCUGCUGGUACAACCCCUCCAAUCUCCUCGCAAAGCCCUAGAACAAGCUCUCCCACUGGCGCAAAAUUCACUUCCCGCUGGGGAAGCAAAGCGUCCAGACCCACGGGUCUGAGUGCGGCCGAGCAGGCGAUGCGAGAUGCUUUGGUAGCCAAACAGCAAGCACAGCAGGAUUCCUCAGAAACCAGUUCCUCAAACACACCGUCAGAAUCAUCCGAUAAUCUCAAACAGGGUUCCGCCGAGUUCACUAUUCGGCUAGGAGAUAAGAGAUAUAUAGCAACGAGUCUGACCCCGGAAGAGAAGGCAGCGCGAGACGCUCUGGCAGCCAAGCAACAGGCGCAGAAGAAUCUUUCAGAAACCACCUCAGAGACCUCAGAUAAACCCGCCGACACUCCCCUCUCAGAAUCCUCGAAUGGCUCGGCAGAAGGUUCUCCCGCCAAGACGGGGUUUACUAUCCGUUCAGAAGAUAGAAAAGUCCAAUCAAUGGGCCUGAAUGCGGAAGAGAAAGCAGCACGAGAUGCUCCGGUAGCCGAACAACAGGCGCAGGAGAGUCCGGUGGAUCUCCCCUCCUCACAAACUUCGAACAAGUUUGGAACGGGUCGCAAAUUCGCAGCUCCUCGUUGGGGAAGUAGGGCCACGACAUCCACUGGCCUGAGCGCGGCAGAGAAGGCAAUGCGCGAGUCCCUGCUCGAACAGCAACAGAGUCAACAUAAAGCUUUGCACGGUGAUAGGUCACAUUCAAGGUGGCAACAUCAAGGAUCGUGGUCACACCAAGAGCGCUCCAUCGAGCACGGUGGCUUCAGGUCGCACAGAGAUCGCUUCGACUCCCGGCGAACGAACGAUCGGUAUGACAGCAAUUGGCGCUCCUCCGAAGACAUGGUGUCGCAAGAUUCUAGACGUUUUCGGCCUGAUGGGCCAAGGCGCAGUCGCUACGAUCACAUUCCCGAGCACCUUCAGACGGUGGAUUGGACCUGCCCAGACUGCCAUUAUCUUUGCCCCGGGACGGAGAGGGCUUGCCCUUGCUGCCGGGCCCCCAGGCCUGAGCUAAUGUCGGAACAGUCGAACAAGCCCUUGACCAUUCGAAAAUUGGACAGCAGCAGUACACCAUCGUGGGAUGAGAGAGACCAGGCUUUGGACGAAUAUGCCACGAGAUAUGAAGAAGAGCAAAGACAGCAGCAGGAGGAGUUGGAAAAGCAGACGCAAGACAAACCACAAAAGUCCGUCAACGACUGGUCAUGGGAUACCUCCGCAUUGGAGAAGCUCAGUGCGGGGCAGGAAGUGGGAAACUCAUCUGACAGGGGCUUCAAGCGACGAGGGGGUCGCGCGAAACCCCUCACGUUCGCGGAUGAGGAUGAAUUUGAUACGGAAGACUACCAGCGACGUCGUCAACAAAAGAAGGACAAGAAGCGCAAGAAGAGGGAGGAGCGGAAAGAAGAAAUCGAGGCGGAAGUCGCUGAGCCCAGUCCUCUAUAUCUGCCCGAGUUCAUCAGCGUCAGCAAUCUCGCGGACAUCAUCGGUGUGCGACAGGCACAAUUCAUCCAGCGAAUGGAAGAGAUGGGCUUCGAGGACGUCACGCAUAGCCACAUUCUGGAUGCCGAAACCGCUGGGCUCAUCGCCGCCGAGUACAACUUCGAGCCCAUCUUUGACACCGGUGAGGACGAGCUGACCGCCGCGCCGGAGCCCGAAGAUAAAUCGAGCCUGCCACCCCGGCCGCCGGUGGUGACGAUCAUGGGCCACGUCGAUCACGGCAAGACCACGAUCCUGGACUGGCUUCGCAAGUCCUCGAUUGUGGACUCGGAACACGGCGGCAUCACCCAGCACAUUGGCGCCUUCUCCGUGUCCAUGCCCUCGGGCAAGACGAUUACCUUCCUCGACACCCCGGGUCACGCGGCGUUCCUGGACAUGCGUCGCCGCGGUGCCGACAUCACCGAUAUCGUCGUGCUGGUCGUGGCCGCGGACGACAGUGUCAAGCCGCAAACCAUCGAAGCCAUCAAACACGCCACGGCGGCCAACGUGCCGAUCAUCGUGGCCAUGAGCAAGAUGGACAAGGAGGGCGUCAACCCCGAGCGGGUCAAGCAAGACCUCUCCGUGCACGGCGUCCACGUCGAGGAUUUCGGCGGUGACGUGCAGGCGAUUGGCGUGAGCGGCAAAACCGGUGCCGGCAUGCUGGAGCUUGAAGAAGCGAUCAUCACUCUUUCCGAGGUGCUCGACCACCGCGCCGACCCCACCGGCAACGUCGAAGGAUGGGUGGUGGAAGGCACGACCAAGAGCUACGGGCGCGUGGCCACCGUGCUCAUCCGCCGCGGCACCCUGCGCGUCGGGGACAUUAUCGUGGCCGGCGAAACCUGGGCGCGGGUGCGCACCCUGCGCAACGAGGCCGGGGUCGCCAUCAAAGAAGCUACCCCCGGCAUGCCGGUCGAGGUAGACGGGUGGCGCGAGCAGCCAACCGCCGGCACGGAGUUCCUGCAGGCGGAGCAUGAGCAACAGGCCAAAUCCGUCGUCGAAUACCGAAUCGAGCGGGCCGAAACCUCGAAGCUAGGGGAGGACACGACGGCGAUGAACGAGGCCCGCCGCGAGCUGAUGGAGCGGCGACGCCUCGAGGAAGCCGGACUGGACCAAAAGGAGGCCCAAUCGGGCCCCAAGCCGAUUCACUUCAUCAUCAAGGCGGACGUGCACGGGUCGGCGGAGGCGGUGCUGAACUCGGUGACGGCGGUGGGCAACAACGAGGUGUACGCGAACGUGCUGCGGGCGGAGGUAGGCCCUGUGAGCGAGUUUGACAUCGAGCACGCGGCGUCGGCGGGCGGGCACGUCAUCUCGUUCAACAUGGCCAUCGACCCGCGGAUCACGCAGAUGGCCGAGUCGCGCGGGGUGGCCAUCAAGGACCACAACGUCAUCUACCGGCUCAUCGACGACGUCAAGGCGACGCUGAGCGAGCACCUGCCGCCGCUGGUCACCUUGCGCGUCACGGGCGAGGCCGAGAUCGGCGAGAUCUUCGAGAUCAAGCUCAAGGGGCGCGAGCGCAUGCAGAUCGCCGGCUGCCGCGUGCGCAACGGGCUCAUCAAUCGCACCAAGAAAGUGCGCGUGCUGCGCGGCCAGGAGACGAUCUACACGGGCACGAUCGCCUCGCUCAAGAACGUCAAGAAGGACGUCACCGAGAUGCGCAAGGACACGGAGUGCGGCAUGGCCUUCGAGGGCUGGUUCGACUUCCAGGUCGGGGACCAUGUGCAGUGCUACGAGGAGAUCUUCGAGAAGCGCUAUCUGUAGUGCUCGGUUGGGGGGGGGCUGUAUUUUUAGAUCUGCCUAUUCUGUACUAUCACGGAUUCGAUUGUAUUAGGGGAUUGUUUACCGCAAAGCAUGUCUGAUGCGAAAACAAGGGGGCACGGUUGAUUCUUGUAUAUUAGUCUAAAUAUCCGGAUACCACAUAGAC